AUGCAGGGGUUUAAAAUAUGGCUUUACAAAAACUUUGCUUCGGCAACCGGGAAAGGAUAUGGUUUCUGUGUUAUUCUAGAGAGAAAGUCUGCAAAAGGGAAGCAAGAAGGGAAGCAGAAGGGUACAAUUACCGCGGCUGUUGUUGAGAAAAACAGCAACAACGUUCGAUGCGGGUUUCUUCGAUUGCUUUCUGGGUAA